AUGCCCACCGUGGAAGAUCUAUACCGCAACUACGGCAUCCUGGCCGACGCCAAGGACGAUGUGAGCCAGGUAUGGAUCGGCUCCGGCCUCACCCGCACUACCCGCCUCCCCCUACACCCGCACCACCCGCUCUAUCCGCCUCCCCCUACACCCGCACCAUCACCAUCACCUCCCCCGCACUACCCGCUCUAUCCGCCUCCCCCUACACCGCACCAUCACCAUCCACCUCCCCCACUGCUCAUCCGCCUCCCCUACACCAUCACCUCCCCCGCACCUGCGCUCCUCCUCCCCUACACCCCGCCAUCACCUCCCCGCACUAUCGCAUACCAUCGCCUCCGUCUCUCACUCCACCCGCUCUAUCCGCCCCCACCAUCAACCUCUACCCGCACCAUCCACAUCACCUCCACCCGUUCUAUCCGCCUCCCCCUCCACCCGCACCAUCACCAUCAACCUCUACCCGCCUCCAUCUCCCCCUCCACCCGCUCCCAUCUCCCAUCUCCCCUCCACCCGCUCCCAUCUCCCCUCCACCCGCUCUAUCCGCCUCCCCUCCACCCGCACCAUCACCAUCAACCUCUGCCGCCUCCAUCUCCCCCUCCACCCCGCUCCCCCUCCACCCGCUCCCCCUCCACUUGCUCCCCCUCCACCCGCUCCCCUCCACCCAGCUCCAUCUCCCCCCUCACACCAGCUCUAUCGCCUCCCCCCUCCACCCGCUAUCACCAUCACUGUCCACCCGCUUUUAUCACUCCUCCUCAGCCCCCUCCACCCGGCUCCUAUCAGCCUCCCCCUCCACCGCUCCUAUCGCCUCCCCCUCCACCGCUCUAUCGCCUCCCCCCCUCCACCCGCUCUAUCCGCCUCCCCCCUCCACCCGCACUAUCACCAUCAACCUCUACCGCCUCCGCAUCCCUCGCCCCUCACUUUCGCUAUCCGCCUCCCCCUCCACUCGCACUAUCCGCCUCCCCCUCCACUCGCACUAUCCGCCUCCCCCUCCACCCGCACUAUCCACAUCACUAUCACCUCCACCCGCACUAUCCUCCUCCUCAACCUCCACUCGCACUAUCCGCCUCACCUCCCCCUCACUGCCCAGCUCCCCUCCUCCACCCUCAUUAUCCGGCUCCCCACCACUUCACUCACUAUCUGGCUCCUAAUCACUAACUGACUCCCUCCCUCCCUGCUUGAGUGUUCGUCGCCCAGGUGUCUCCUUCACUCAGGGCGCCAGCCACCCGGUGGUCCCCCUUCACUCAGGGCGCCAGCCGCCCGGUGUCUCCAGCUGCCCGGUGGUCUCCCUCCCGUCGGAUGUCUCCAGCCGCCUGGUGGUCCCCUUCAUCCUGAGUCACCUUGGUUCUCUUCCCCCAACUGACUGUGUUCUGGGUAUUCAGAGUUGCAUGGGUUCUCUUCCCCAGAGUAUCUGUAUCCUGAGUCGCAUGGGUUCUUUUCCCCUGACCGCCUAUAUCCUGAGUCGCAUGGGUUCUUUUCCCCUGACUGCCGGUAUCCUGAGUCGCAUGGGUUCUCUUCCCCUGACUGCCUGUAUCCUGAGUCGAAUGGGUUCUCUUCCCCUGACUGCCGGUAUCCUGAGUCACCUGGGUUCUCUUUCCCCUGACUGCCGGUAUCCUGAGUCACCUGGGUUCUCUUCCCCUGACUGCGGUAUCCUGGAGUCACCUGGGUUCUCUUCCCUGACUGCGGUAUCCUGGAGUCUUUACCGGGUUCUCUUCCCCUGACUGCGGUAUCCUAGGUCACCAUAAGGUUCUCUUCCCCUGACGCUGCGGUAUCCUGGGUCACCUGGGUUCUCUCUUCCCCUGACUGCGGUUAUCCUGGAGUCACCUGGGUUCUCUUCCCCUGACUGCGGGUAUCCUGGAGUCACCCUGGGUUCUCUUUCCCUGACUACCUGGAUUCUCUUUCCCUGAUUUUCUAUAUUCUGGAUCACCUUUGUUCUUUCCCGUGACUGCCUGUUUUCUGUGUGUCCGGGCGUCCCUUCCAUCUAGGUGUCCCAUCCUGUUCUUCCGAUAACCUUGAGUGCUCCCCUGGUUUGUUGAGGUGCCAUGUGCUAACCAUCAAGUCACUAAUUUCCUGCGUGAUCCCUGAUUAAUUGUCUCUAAUUGAAGUAAAUGUUUGGGUUUUUUUAGCACAAAAAUGCAUACCAAGUGAUCUUGGAUGGCGUGAAGGGAGGAGCCAAGGAAAAGAGGCUUGCAGCCCAAUUUAUUCCAAAAUUCUUCAAACAUUUCCCUGAGCUUUCUGAUGCAGCUCUUAAUGCACAGCUUGACCUGUGUGAAGAUGAAGAUGUUUCAGUAAGUAAACAAAGUUUUAUUGGGUUGUUAUUCUUGUAUAAUAAUGUUUUAAACAAACUGUAUUGUAAAUGUAUUUGUUUCCUUAUCAGAUUCGUCGUCAAGCGAUCAAAGAACUGUCCCAGUUUGCUGCAGGAGAGAACCUACCUCGUGUAGCAGAUAUUUUGACUCAGUUACUGCAGUCAGGUAUGAUUUUAUUACCCACAAUAAGUAAAUUUUUUAACUGCUGAGUUAUAUUUUAAUUAAACAAGAGACUGUAUCGUAAAAAUUUAACUUUUGCUAGAAUGUCCUUGAAUUGUAUCUUUGCUGGUUAAAUCCAGCACAUCUUUUAAGAAUUCUGUCAGCAGCUUUACAUUUUUUUUUUUUCAUGAUUUGUUUUUUUGUUUUUUGUUUUUUAGAUGACUCGGCUGAAUUUAACCUAGUGAACAAUGCUUUGCUUACAAUUUUUAAAAUUGAUGCCAAAGGUAAGAGUAAUUACUUUUUUUUAUUUUAAUACAGACAGAUCUAAUGGGUUCUUUAACCCCUUAAGGACCAAACUUCUGGAAUAAAAGGGGUUAAAGGAACUCAGUAAAGUGAGGUAAUUUAACACUUUGCAGAAGUAUAACAUACUCUGUUCUAGCAGUAGUUCAAACUGUAUUCCUUUAAAAAAAUAUAUUGUAACUAUAACUGCUAUGCCCAAUGAGAUAAAAACGGCAACCAUAUCCACCCAUAAUAUACAGUGUUCUAGUUAUACUUAAGACAGCUGUGCACAAAUUAUCGUGGAGCUGUAGAUUCAAUCCCACAGUAGUAGCCAUUUUCUGCAUAUUAAAAAAAAAAAAAAAAAAUCUAUACAUUUACUAGCAGUGUUUGUAGUUCAGUACGUAGAACACAUCUGUGAACAUACCAAUAUAUAUAUAUUUUUCCCACUCUGUAGGUACAUUAGGUGGGUUGUUUACGCAGAUUCUCCAAGGAGAAGAUAUUGUUCGUGAGAGGGCCAUUAAAUUUCUCUCCACCAAGCUGAAGACUCUGCCAGAGGACAUCAUGACAAAGGAAGUAGAAGAAUAUGUAUUUAAUGAGUCCAAGAAGGUAGGAAUACAAAAAAGAUGCAUAUUCACAAGCAGGCGUAGAUGAAUGAUUUUUGUCAAUGGCUUGUCGGCUUAAGUAACAGUUUAUUUAAUUAAACAUUAUCGAUCUGCAGGUCCUGUAUGAUGUCACUGGAGAAGAAUUUGUGCUGUUCAUGAAGAUCCUCUCAUAUCUGAAAACCUUACAGACGGUUAGUGGAAGACAGCAGCUGGUAGAUCUGGUGUCUGAACAGGCCGGCCUGCAUCAAACUUUAAAUCCCGCCGACCCCGAUUCUGUAGACCGCAUGCUGCAGUGCAUGAGACAGGCUGUUCCCCUCUUUUCAGUAAGUUACACGUCUUUGUUUUAGUCUCCAUCAUAUGCUUUAAUCAAUAAUAAAAUGUUCAGAUUUCAAUAUUUGCUUCUUUUUUUUUUUUUUUUGUCUUAAAGAAAAAUGUCCAUUCGACUAAGUUUUUGACAUACUUCUGUGAGAAUGUCCUGCCUACCUUGAGCUCCUUGACCAGCCCCGCCGAAGGUAUUGAUGUUCAGCUUGAAGUAAGUGUUUUCUUACUAAUUUUUAAUUAUAUUGGUGAUCUGUGUUUCAGAGGAGUGGUGAAAAACAUAAUGGUCUGUGCUUAAAGGGGCUCUCCAUGCACAUUUGUAACAUUUUAGUGGUUAUGAUGCAAGGAGAUCUCCUGAUUCCCUACAGUCAUGCUUAGAACUGCAGUGAUUUGCUUCAAUCACUGCAGCUUUUAACAUGCCCCUUUGUUCAGCUAUACUUCCGCUACCUUUCAAAAUAUUGGAACAGCAUAGGCACACUAUACAAAUACACAGCUUCCUGGUUAGCAGAUCACAUCUGACAGUUUCACUCAUAAUGAAUGGGACUGUCAGCAAAGCAGGUAGCAGAUCCUAAUGGAUUAGGCAUCAAUCUCUUAUAGUCUCUCACAGUAUAUGAUCAGUGAAACUUUGGCAAGUGCUUAACUACUAAUUAAAUCCGGAGUAUGAGUAGUAAGUUAAAACUGAUUUGAAUACAAUGCGAACAUCCUAAUUUGAGAUGUAAAAACUGAAAAGCCAGUAAAUUCAAGAUCUUCGAAGUCUAGUCUUUUGUAUCAAUUAUAUGUUUGCAUAUUAGAAUUCAUUACCCAUAUAAUAAUAAAUAUGACUAAUUUUUGCUAUUUUGCGAUGUGCCACAUAUUCUGUGUAACAAUGUUUUGUAUAAAAUAAAUACUGGCUUUAACUUAAUGUACUGUUGUAUUUACAGGUCUUGAAACUGCUUGCUGAAAUGAGCUCGUACUGCGGGGAUAUGGACAAGCUUGAGUCAAAUGUGAACAAACUUUUUGAUAAAUUACUGGUGAGCAUUUUUCAUUUUUGCUUUCUUCUAUAAAAGUAAUCUCAUUUAAGGGUGUGUAAGAUUGUAAUUACGUCAAUGCGUAUUUGCAUAGUUAAACAGUAUUAACCUUUUUUUUCUUAUUGUGUUGAUAGGAAUAUAUGCCUCUUCCUCCCGAAGAAACAGAGAAUGGUGAGAAUACAGCUAAUGAAGAACCUAAGCUGCAGUUCAGUUACGUCGAGUGUCUUCUCUUCAGUUUCCACCAACUGGGGAGAAAGUUACCAGACUUUCUCAUAGCUAAAGUGAAUGCUGAGAAGUUAAAAGAUUUCAAAAUCAGGUAAGUUCUUUAUUCCUUUUUGUACACUACCUGUGAUAGUAUCACAUUGUUCUGGACCAAGGUUUUUAUGUCAAAUUCUGCAAACAAGCACAUUAACACAAUUUACUUCUUACAGGUUACAGUACUUUGCCCGAGGACUUCAAGUUUACAUUCGGCAACUGCGCCUCGCUUUGCAAGGCAAGUCAGGGGAAGCACUGAAAACAGAAGAGGUAAAAAUAUUCAUGCUGCAUUGUAUACCUUUGUGUUUGGGCCAAUAUAUAGUGACACAACUGUACUUUACAUUCUUUUGUUAAACUAAAAUAUGCCCAGCUUCACUACUCUUCAAGAUUGAUAGAGCAUCAUGGGAGUUGUAGUCCUAAAACAACAGAUAUGUUUUCAUUUCUGGUCUGCCUUGUUUAAUAGUAUCUUGCAUUGGCCAUCAGCUGUUGAGUUUGUUUUACAACCACCAAUGAAUCUGUAAAUGUUACAUUGCUGGAAUAAAAUAUACCUUAUAGCCGAUAUAUGGAUUAUUUACUUUGUUAGAGUGUGAAUUUCGACUGUAUAAUGUGAUUUUCUUAUUUUUCUUUCAGAACAAAAUUAAAGUAGUGGCUUUGAAAAUAACCAAUAACAUCAACGUUUUAAUUAAGGUAAUUAUUUCACGUCCCACGCACCCUCCCUCUUACCUGUAAAAUUUGUCUUAAUACUCCUACAGGGUUAUUCACUUAAAGUAGGAAUUGUCAGGAAUUCAAAGUGAAUUUCACAAUAAAGGCCGAAGUAGCCAAAUUUGAAGCAUAGCUGGUUUUAGAUAGUUUUUUCCAGUUUAACUCCUAAAGCCUUAAAUUUUAAAUUUACUUUGAAUUCCUGACUCAUUUUAGUGAGUAACCCUUGUAAUAAUUCUGCAGUUGCAAAACAACCUGUAUAUAUUUUGUGUGUGUGUGUGUGUGUUUCCGAUCUCAUUUCUUGACAAAUUAAAAACAUUAUUUAUUUUUUUUCCCAUUUCUUUAAAUUUUAGGAUUUGUUUCACAACCCUCCAUCCUACAAAAGCUCAGUGACAUUGUCCUGGAAACCAGUCCAGAAAGCAGAAACUGGGUGAGUUGAGAGCAUUUUUUGUGCAAUUCAGUUUUAGGAUAUUAUGAUAUAUAAUCAUAGUGUUUUAUAGCUAGUUGAAACUUGUUUACUAAAAAUCCAUAGGGGUACUUUUUCUAUAAGAGUAUGUAGAUAAUAUUCCUGCUUGAUCUUCUUAUACAGGCAAAAAAGAUCAGUCGAGGAGCCAGCGUCUACUUCACCUCCAAAGAAGUUACAAGUACAGGGGCCAAAGCGAGAUGCCAGACAGAUCUACAACCCACCCAGUGGAAAAUACAGUGGGACCCUUGGGAACGUUCCAUACGGUAAGUACAUAGAAUCGCAGUAAUGCCAGUGAUGAUGUAAACAUUUUGAUUUAUGAGUUAUUAAACUUUAAAAAUGUGCACAAAAUCACAAAUUCGUGUAACGUGAUAAGCCAAGCUCUGAUUUAUUACCUAAAAUAAGAGGGUCUUAUUUAAGACAGUAAUUUAUUUUGUGGAGCAUGCUUGCUAUUUUUAUUAUUGGGGUCAUUCACUUAACUGAAUUGUCGGUGAAUUAAACAUUUUGGGCCAAUAUACUUGAACUAGAAAAAUUCCAUUAUAUUUUCAGCUCAACUAUCAUAGCCUUUAAUUUAAAUCUCUUGGUCUAUUCUAAAGAAUACCCUCCCCCACAAAACCUUAAUUUUGGGCUUCUGAUUAAGUGAUUCUAUAUAUUGCUUCUGCGUAUUUUAUACAGUGUUAUCAGGAGGUACCUGUUAGGUAUGAAUUUUGUCAUUCCAGUCCCUAAUGAUCUCCCUCUUUUGCUCAAAACAUACAGCAUCUCAAUAUCUCUUGCUCCUAUGAAUAACUGCCCCAGCUUAAAGCAUGUUAUAGCGGCAUGUUGCAGCUCACUUCUUGGUUAUCCAGUUGCCAUGCAACCAUGAAUCCUGUUAUUAUGCAGGAUCAGCCAUGAUGUACAGCUAGGGCAUAUAAUUGGCAUUGAAGAUUCACUAAUUCUAGCUACCGGUUUUUCUGUCUGGUAGUUGUAAUCGGUUACAGUUCUAGCUGAUAGCGGAUGUCAGUCUGUGCUAAGUAGCAAUAUAACUCAUUGACUUUGCAGGGCAAUCUGUUCCCACUGAUCGCCUGGCACAUACACUGUCAGCCUAUGGGUAAGCAAAUUGGAGGCGUUCAGUAAAUAUUCAAAUGUCCAAUGACCAGAUACAAGUAAAAUCCCUAAAAUUCUUAGUUCUGAUGCUGUUCCAAUCUUGAAACGUCACCUGCUAUACAAGCAUGAGCAUCUGUCAAAUCGUGUUUAUUUCUGAUGUAGUUACAAUGUGCAUUGACCUAACCUUUAGGCCAGAACUAAUGUUUGUGUGUGUGUGUGCGCAUUUGUUGAAUUGCAUUACUGUUACUUUAAGAUCUGUGAGAUUAUUAAUUGAUUCUUUGUCACCACAGAACAACGAGGAAAUUUCCGUGGAGGUAGAGGAAGAGGAUGGGGUGGUGGCCGCUUCAACCGUAGCAGAGGGAGAAUCUAUUGA